GUAAAGUCUUUGGCGAUAGCUCAACAUGUUCGCGCAUAAUGUGAUCGUGCUCCUAGCUCUGGCGCUUUGUUCAACGACCAUAGUGCGCGGUACAGAAACAAAUGGCACAAAUACGUUCACCGAGUUUGCGUUCGGGAUAAUCUCAAACAAACUGCAAACCCUGCAGAAACAGCUGUCCGAGAUGGAGUUCGCCAUGAAGCAGACGAAUGAAAAGCAAACGACGCUGUUAGCUCGACUCGACCAAAUCAACAUCGACCACGAACGGAUGCGGAAGGAGAUCCAGCAGUUGGCAUCAAAGAAAGAUUUAGAUCUGUUUAUGAUCAAUUCGGGCAUAAAUCUUCGCAGCGUCUCGUUUCCAUCGUGCAAGAAGAAUCCAUCGAAGCGAUCGGGCAAGUACAUCAUGCAGCCUACCGAGAAGGAUGAACCGUUUCUGGGAUAUUGUGAACAAACGGCGUACGGCGGAGGUUGGCUUGUGUUCCAGUAUCGUUACGAUGGAUCGGUGGACUUUUACCGCAACUGGACUGAGUAUCGGAACGGGUUCGGCAGCAUGGAUGGAGAGUUUUGGCUCGGCCUUGAGCACUUGCAUCGGAUGACCUCGGCCGCAAAGCACGAGUUGCUAGUGGAGCUGAAGGACUUCGAUGGAAGCUACAUGUACGCGUCGUAUGCUGAGUUCGCGAUCGGCAGUGAGGUGGACCAAUAUCCUUUAACGAAGCUGGGAUCCUAUACAGGAAAUGCCAAUGACUCGUUGUUAGUCCACAAAGGCAAGAAAUUUUCUACCAAGGAUCGGGAAGGCUCGUCAAAUUCAAGUUGCGCCAUACACUAUAAGGGAGCAUGGUGGUACAGCAAAUGUUACGAUUCAAAUCUUAAUGGAGUUUAUAGGAACAGUGAGAAUGCAGAAAAUAUUGUUUGGGGCAAUUACAAGCUGAAAGUAGGAUUGGCAUUCUCAAGAAUGAUGAUUCGCGAGGUAUGAUGUGUCAUUUUAUUCAAAUUUUUUAAAAAUCAUGGUUAAGUCGCCCACUUGUGCACGUCAUGACCGUCAGGGGUUCAAGCCUCAGAUGGACCGUCCCCGCGUAGCAAUGACUGGCUAUUCGGCUGCCUGAUACUGAAUAAGUCUCGCAGGCCCGUAUAAACCGGCAUGACCGCUUAGGUCGUUACGCUAACAAGAAGAAGAAGCAAAAUGGAUCACAAACAUCCACUCCAAGGUCAAGUGGUG